UUUUCACCAGGUGGAGGUGCCCGUGGUGAGAUGGGGGCUUCCCAGGAAUACCUCUUUGCAGAGGAUCAGGAAGGUGCUGCCCUCCCACAAGCAAGGGCUGGCGGGGGAGUGGCCUCAGAAAAGAGAGGAGGAGUGUCACCGACAGCAAGUGAUCUGGACUGGUGGGCGCUGCAGACCAAUAUCAGCAUGCAGGCCGGGAUUCCAGCCCAGCUGGCAGGUUCUUUAGACAACUGGCUAUCCCAUUAUGUUGCACGUUCAAACCAAUCGGUCUCUUACGGGAAUAGUACCCGUCGCAGCCUUAAAAAUAACAGCAGCCAAUCAGUGCAAAGUCCUGACCCUUCCACAAUGCAUUUUGGGAUGGCAGUGGCUGAUUUAAAUAGGAACCCUACUGAUGCGGUUUCUAAUAUGAAUGCAACUAAUUCUGUGGAAUUUUUUUCUGCCAAUAAUUCUGAAUCUCUUGAGUUUGAUUUACUAACCUACACUAUGCAACUUUAUAACAAUGGUAGCGCAGGGCUUGCUUCCUUCUUUCCUGGACUGACACUUGCAGCGGGUCGCUGCUUGCCCUUCCCAGCCGAUCUGCCAUAUUGCAACAACCUGGGCAGAAAGCAUUUCAGAUUACCGAAUUAUUUCCAUCAUGGCAGUGACGUGGAAAUUCGGGCUGCUUUGCAUGAGUGGGAGGGGCUUCUUACGUCUCGGUGCCACCGCUACCUGGAAUGGUUUUUCUGCUUGCUGCUGGUCCCCGGGUGCAAUGCUUCUAUUCCGAUAACGCCCCCACCGUGCUGGGGGUUCUGUGAGGCCGUGAGAGAUCUGUGCUGGAUUCAUUUGAAAGAGGGGCGCCUCCCAAUAUCAUGUGACUCUCUCCCUGCAGAGGAUGCUGGGUAUUCUUGUGUGUUUGUAAAUGUGUCUGCAGAACAUUUCAGCACAGAAGUCAGUCUUUUGCAGCUGAUCGGCGAUCCCCCACCGGAGCAAAUAACCCAAGUCAAUGGCCCUGACAACACUCCCGCCUAUGUCUUCGGGACAGAUGCCAACACCGGUCAAGUGGCCCGGUACCACCUGCCUAGCCCCUUUUAUAGAGACUUCUCGCUCCUUUUCCAUGUUCAGCCCACCACCGACAAGGCCGGCGUGCUCUUUGCCAUCACAGAUGCCUCACAGACGGUCAUCUAUGUCGGAGUGAAGCUCUCCGCCGUGCAGGACAGGAAGCAACAGAUCAUCUUCUACUACACGGAGCCGGGCUCCGAGAGCUCGUAUGCAGCUGCAACAUUCUCCGUGCCUUCCCUAGCGAAUGCAUGGACUCACUUUGCCAUCAGCGUGCAGGAUGACGAGGUGGUUCUGUACCUGAACUGUGAGGAGUUUCGCCGGGUUCGCUUUGAGCGCUCUCCCGAUGAGAUGGAACUGGAGGACGGGUCUGGACUCUUUGUGGCUCAGGCUGGAGGGGCUGAUCCAGAUAAAUACCAGGGGAUGAUUGCAGAUCUGAAAGUGACAGGUGAUCACCAGGCAGCUGAUCUCCAGUGUGAGGAGCAGGACGAGGAUACCGACGUGGCAUCUGGAGAUUUUGGAAGUGGUGUUGAAGAAAGGCCCCACCUCUCAGGAAGGGAGCAGGGGAUCCCGGCUGUGUCGCGGCUCCCGGAACCUCCCCCGGUCACUUCUCCCCCCACCGCUGGGGAGACAGUGGGGAAAGGAAGCAGGGGCUCUCCGCUGCCAACUGAGCAAAUCAAAGUGGAAGGACUACAGCAAGUUUCUACAGGAGCCAGGGUUGCUGCAAAGGGUGAAAAAGGGGCCCCGGGAGAGAGAGGCGAACGUGGCCCAAAAGGGGACUCAGGAACCGGCGGGGUUCUAGCAGCCGGCGGCACCAAAGGCGACAAGGGAGAAAAAGGAGACCUGGGCGUUAAGGGAAGUGCAGGAUUUGGGUAUCCCGGCUCUAAGGGGCAGAAAGGGGAACCAGGUGCCCAGGGAUCUCCCGGCCCCGCUGGCCCACCUGGGCCCCCUGGCUCUACGGUGCAGCGCCUGGACGGCUCUGUGGUGGAGCAGGUCGCCGGGCCUCCAGGACCAAGAGGUCCCCCAGGGCCGCCCGGGGAAGGCGGCCUCCCUGGCAAGGAUGGCGAGCCCGGUGAUCCUGGUGAAGAUGGAAAACCUGGUGACGUUGGGCCCCAGGGAUUCCCUGGAACUCCCGGAGAGCCUGGCCUCAAGGGGCAGAAGGGUGAGCCCGGAGUCGGCGCAAGAGGCCCCCCUGGACUGCCCGGACCGCCCGGGACACCAGGUCUCUCUUCCAAACAGGACAAGCUGACGUUCAUCGACAUGGAAGGCUCUGGGUUUGGAGGCGAUCUGGAAAGCUUCCGGGGCCCCCGAGGUCCACCAGGACCCCCCGGGCCUCCUGGGGUGCCCGGCCUGCCAGGAGAGCCAGGAAGAUUUGGGAUGAACAGCACUGAGCUGCCAGGACCCCCCGGCCUGCCCGGCCUGCCAGGCAGAGAUGGUGUCCCCGGAGCCCAAGGCCCACCAGGUCCUCCGGGUCCUCCAGGAAAAAGUGGGUUGGCCGGCCAGCCUGGGCUUCGAGGAGAACGGGGGGACCCAGGAGACCUAGGCCUCCCCGGAGCUCCUGGACCCAAGGGCGGUAAGGGUGAGAUGGGGCUGGCCGGAGCCCCAGGGGAAACCGGGCUGGCAGGGCUUCCUGGACCAAUGGGACCACGAGGACCACCCGGUCCCCCAGGCCCUGCUGGACCUCCUGGGCCAGGCUACGAGGCCGGAUUUGGAGACAUGGAAGGCUCGGGGGUGCCCGUCCUUUCUGCCGUUCCUGGAGAGCGCGGACCCGAAGGGCCACGGGGGCCACCGGGACUCCCCGGACUCAAGGGGGACGCUGGCAGCCCUGGGCUGCCUGGCUUGCCAGGACAAAAGGGGAACCACGGUGCUCCGGGUGUGGAUGGGCGCCCAGGGCUGGAAGGUUUCCCAGGACCUCAGGGACCCAAGGGUGACAAGGGAAGCCAGGGGACUAAAGGUGAACGAGGCCAAGAUGGAGUGGGCUCCCCAGGCCCCCCUGGGCUCCCUGGACCCCCGGGACAGGUCAUCUAUGCGUUGGGCGAAGAGAAAGCAUUAGCUAGUUUGCCAGGCCCUGAGGGCAGAGAAGGCCAUGCUGGCUUCCCGGGCCCAAUGGGACCUAAAGGAGACCCAGGAGACCCAGGUUUCCCAGGCACCCCAGGACCAAAGGGUGAGAAAGGAGAUCCUGGAGUGAUCAUCGGCCCAGAUGGGACGGGCAUCUCAGCUGGCACGAAAGGAGACAAGGGUGAGCAGGGGCUGGUGGGACCCAUGGGCCCAGCAGGCCCGCAUGGACGACCUGGCCAGAAGGGGGAAAUCGGCUUUCCUGGCAGACCGGGUCGUCCCAGCAUGAAUGGGCUGAAGGGCGAGAAAGGGGACCCCGGAGGGCUUGGCUUGCAGGGUCCCCCAGGUCCCCCCGGGCCCCCAGGCGCCCCUGGCAGUGCAGUGUCCGUCUACGACAGUAACGCAUUUAGUGAGUCGGGCCCUCCCGGCCCUCCAGGACUGCCUGGCUACCAGGGUGCCCCAGGACAAAAGGGUGAACAAGGCGAGACAGGCGCCCCAGGGCCCCCAGGCCAGUUCCCCUAUGAUCUCAACGAAUUUGGUUCCACCUUCCGGGGCGGAAAAGGAGAUCGGGGGGACCCUGGACUGAAAGGAGAGAAGGGGGAGCCCGGCGAGGGAGGACUGUAUGGACCAAGCGUCUCUGGACCUCCAGGUCCUCAGGGCUAUCCUGGCCUUCCGGGUCCCAAGGGGGACAGCAUUAGAGGCCUGCCCGGCCCCCCAGGGCCUCAGGGACCCCCUGGCAUUGGGUACGAGGGGCGGCAGGGUCCCCCUGGGCCUCCCGGGCCCCCCGGGCCCCCCUCCUUUCCAGGACCCCACAGACAAACUGUCAGCAUCCCUGGCCCACCUGGCCCGCCAGGGCCACCGGGACCUCCAGGGACCAGCGGGUCGUUGACCUCUUCUGGGCUGCGGAUCUUGCCGGCGUAUCAGUCCAUGCUGAGCACGGCUCAGGAGGUGCCCGAGGGCUGGCUGAUCUUCGUACAGGACAGAGAAGAGCUGUACGUCCGGGUGCGCAGCGGCUUCCGGAGAGUCCGCCUGGAGGAACACACUUCCCUCUCCAGCCCCGGGCUGGACAACGAAGUGUACGACAAGCCGCCAAGUGUCCACUACUCGCAUGGCGGCACUGCCUCCUCCGGCUUCCCGCACCCACGCCGAGAGCACAACCCCUCCCCCACAGCCCGGCCCUGGCGAGCGGACGACAGCAUCGCCAACCACCACCGCCUUCCCGACCACUCGCCCCACGGCGCCCAGCCCCAGCAAGAGCCACUGGACAGCUUCUCCCCAAAUCGCCGGGGGGAGAGCGCCCCCGCUGCCGUUCACAGGCACCAUGACUUCCAGCCCGCCCUCCACCUGGUGGCGCUGAACGCGCCGCUGAGCGGCAGCAUGCGUGGCAUCCGUGGCGCCGACUUCCAGUGCUUCCAGCAGGCCCGGGCAGUCGGGCUGAUGGGCACAUUCCGAGCCUUCCUGUCCUCCCGGCUGCAAGACCUGUACAGCAUUGUGCGCAGGGCCGACCGGAGCGGGGUGCCCAUCGUCAACCUCCGGGAUGAAGUGCUGUUUAACAACUGGGAGGCGCUGUUCUCGGGCGCAGAGGCUCAGUUCCGAGCUGGUGUUCGCAUCCUCUCGUUUGACGGAAGAGAUGUACUGAGAGACUCUGCAUGGCCUCAGAAGAGUGUCUGGCACGGCUCUGACGCCAAGGGCCACCGGCUCACAGAGAGCUACUGCGAGACAUGGAGGACGGACGAUGGCGUGGUGACGGGCCAAGCCUCCUCGCUGGCCUCGGGGAAGCUCCUGGAGCAGAAGGUGAGCAGCUGCCGGAAUGCCUUCAUCGUCCUGUGUAUCGAGAACAGCUUCAUGACCUCUUCCAAAAAGUGACCUGCCCCCACCCGCGCCUCGCAGCACAGAGCGGGACCCCAGCGGGGCAGCCACUUCCCCCUUCACACAGCCAUUCCCAGAGAAGCAGAUGAAAAGCCAAAGAGUGUUGAGUUAGUUUGAAAUGCCAGCCCGGUGCUGGCCAGCAUCUGGAGGGCUGAGCCGACUGGCUGUCCUGGCCAUCUCCUCGUCUCCGGUGUACACGCAGUGGGUCUCGCUUUUAAUCCCCCUCAUAUUUAACCAGGUUAGUUGUAUUCUUGGGUGAACUCUGCUUGGUUCCCUGUUUUCCCCCUUGCUAGGACAGUCGUCACAGGGAGGGCCCCGUGGUCCCCACGUGGGGUGCCGGAGCACGAGAUGCUCUUCGCUGAGACGGGGAGGCCCAGCGGGAGAGCUGGCUGCACGGCCAGUCCUCGGGCUGUGGGGUGGAUGACAGCCCCAGCUGGACAGCACUCUGGCCUCGUUAGCAGCCGGAGCAGUGCAGGCUGUCACCAGCUCAGCUCUGCUGCUCGGUCUGUGACAUCCCAGGGCUUUGCUGUCUGGCGCUGGCCAUGCACCCUGCGGGGGCUCAGCUGGGUGAAAGGCCCUGUGUGUCUAGCUGUGUCCCUCUCUGCAGGCUGGCUUCCCACUCAGCUUAGUCUGAUAGCCCCUGGCUUCACCUCCCCUCCUCCAUCUGUUCCAGGGCAGCUGGACUGGGACCAGACUCCCAGCCCCGGGUGCCUCUCAGCUGGCAGUGGGGUUCCGGCUGGCGGAGCCCUGCUCCCCACAGUGGGUGGCGAGAAGUGGGUUCCCCCCAUGGCAUGGGUAAGCUGUUGGGAGUAGUACUUCAGGAGGGGGCGGCUGUCCUUUGAAAGCAGAGUCAUUUCCUUGCUGGAAGAACCAAAGGGGUUCGUUAGAAGAGAAAGUCAAAUAGAGGCCGAAUCCCCACCCCAACUGUUCUGUGCAGGGCCUUCCCCAUUGCAGGACAGUGGCUAGCCGGGGUGGGGAGAGGGGGGGUGCCAUUUUAGCAAGUGUCCCCUCCCCACACCUCCCCUGGCUAGCCCAGCCAAUCCACACCAAACCCUGGCCGACAUGUGCCUUACGCUGGUUAGGGGCAAGGGAGAGCAGUGCAUGCGCUGAUGCGGGGAAUGAAUGUUCUCUCCUUGGCCGGGGGGCGGGGGGAUGGGGCAUUUCCUUGAGUGUCCAGAGGGCAGAUUAAAAAGUACCUGUUCUAGCAAUCCUGGGUGGCAGGGCCGGGAGGUUGUGUGACCUCCAUGAGCAUUACCGGGUGGAGAUGCUUCUUUGCUGCCAUAAAACCCGACUUCCAGAGGGAGCCCCAGCCCCUGACAGGCAAGUCUGAAUGUUAGGAGAACGUCUGGAUGUGGGAUUUAAGGUCCCAUACUGCAGCUGAGCAUCAGCUCCAGGAGAAUGUCCCACCUCAAAGCCAGAAGCCUUCCACACACUUCUAUACUCCUCGUGUACCACACUUGUGAAGCACUAAUGUCUAAAGGAUUUUUUAAUCAGUUUUGAAAAUCUGAGGUGCUACAUUUUUAACUAGCUUCUUAUUGUACUGAAAUUAUUACCAUAAAGGCUGUGCAAGUCACACAAUUCCUGUUUCUUAUUGUCUACUGUAUUUGUGUAAUUAAUGCAAUUUAAAGCCUGUGGAUUUUUGUUUUUUUGUCAGUUGUGUUCUUUAAACCGUUUUCUAAAGGCACUGAAUAAAGGAAAGUCUCCUCUUGUACUCUG